AUGAAGAAUGAAACGCAACUUGAGUUUGUCAAAUAUGUGAGCGCAAAUGUAACGGCCGUCCAAGGUAAUUGUUUUUAUAUAACGUUUUGGGCCAAAGAUGUUUCCUUGCCAGAUCCAGAGCCAAAACUUUACCAAGCCCAGGUGUGGAAGUAUUGUCAUGAGAUCGAGGUUAUCCAAUUUAGGCUAAGGCCAACACAAGAACGAUUUGGAUAUAUUAUCACACUAAACAUGUAA